GCCUGGCUAGGGGAGGCCCGCGGGGAGGCGCCGCAUCCGGAGGCUGCCCCGCACCGCAUAAAGCGGCAGACGCACAGUGUGCCCCGCAGCCGCUCGGGCCGGUCGCCGCUACAGAGAAGCUAGUCCGAUGCUCCAGAGCGGCCAUGGGCGUCCCGCACUGGUGGGACCAGCUGCGGGCUGGCAGCUCCGAGGUGGAUUGGUGCGAGGACAACUACACCAUCGUGCCUGCCAUCGCCGAGUUCUACAACACGAUCAGCAACAUCUUGUUUUUCAUUUUACCGCCCAUCUGCAUGUGCUUGUUCCGCCAGUAUGCAACGUGUUUCAACAGCGGCAUCUACUUAAUAUGGACUCUCCUAGUUGUAGUGGGAAUUGGAUCUGUCUACUUCCAUGCAACUCUCAGUUUCCUGGGUCAGAUGCUUGAUGAACUUGCCAUUCUUUGGGUUCUCAUGUGUGCUUUGGCCAUGUGGUUUCCCAGGAGGUAUUUACCAAAGAUCUUUCGGAAUGACAGGGGCAGAUUCAAGGUGGUGGUGUGUGUCCUGUCUGCAGUUACAACGUGCCUGGCGUUUGUCAAGCCCGCCAUCAACAAUAUCUCUCUGAUGACUCUAGGGGUCCCAUGCACUGCCCUACUCAUUGCAGAACUGAAGAGGUGUGACAAUGUCCGUGUGUUUAAGCUGGGCCUAUUCUCCGGCCUCUGGUGGACCCUCGCCCUCUUCUGCUGGAUCAGCGACCGUGCCUUCUGUGAGCUGCUCUCCUCCGUUCACUUUCCAUACCUGCACUGCGUGUGGCACAUCCUCAUCUGUCUUGCUGCAUACCUGGGCUGUGUGUGCUUUGCUUACUUUGAUGCUGCCUCAGAGAUACCCGAGCAAGGUCCGGUCAUCAGAUUCUGGCCCAGCGAGAAAUGGGCCUUUAUUGGUGUCCCCUACGUGUCCCUCCUGUGUGCCCACAAGAAGUCGCCAGUCAAGAUCACGUGAUGGCAAGGCAGUG